UGACUUAGGGUAUAUACUGAUGUAUAUUCUUCUCUUUUUCUUUUGAGACAGAGUCUUACUCUGUUGCCCAGGCUGGAGUGCAGUGGCACGGUCUCAGCUCACUGCAACCUCCGCCUCCCAGGUUCAAGGGAUUCUCUUGCCUCAGCCUCUCGAAUAGCUGGGAUUACAGGCACCUGCCACCACACCUGGCUAAUUUUUUGUAUUUUUAGUAGAGAUGGGGUUUCACCAUCUUGGACAGGCUGGUCUCGAAGUCCUGACCUCGUGAUCCAUCCGCCUCAGCCUCCCAAAGUGCUGGGAUUACAGACUUGAGCCAUGGUGCCCUGAUGUAUAUGAGAGGAAGUUCACUGAUACAUUGUACUUCAUAUAUACUGCUUUGGAAAGAUGUGUGUGGGCUGGGCCUGGUGGCUCAGGCCUGUAAUCCCAGCACUUUGGAAGGCCGAGGCAGGUGGAUCACCUGAGGUCAGGAGUUCGAGACCAGCCUGGCCAACCUGGUGAAACCCUCUCUCUAUUAAAAUUAGCUGGGCAUGGUGGCGCACACCUGUAGUCCCUGCUACUUGGCAGAUUGAGGCACGAGAAUUGUUUGAAUCUGAGAGGCAGAGGUUGCAGUGAGCCGAGACGGCGCCACUUCACUGCAGCCUGGCUGACAGAGCCAGACUCUGUCUCAAAAAAAAAAAAAAAAAGAAAGAUGUGUAUUUUCCCCCUAAUUUGUAAUCUGGCCUGUGAUCCCGUUUUUAAAGAGAAAUUUUUUUUAGAUGUGGGGUCGGGGGAUGGUCAUACUAUGUUGCUCAGGCUGGUCUCGAACUCCUGGGCUCAGGCAGCCUCCCACCCCAGCCACCUGAAUAGUUGGGAUUAUAGGUAUCAGCCACAGUGCCUGGCUGAUCCCCAGUUUUUAUUGUUUUUUAUUUUUUAUUUUUUUGAGACAGGGUGUCGCUUUGUCACCCAGGCUGGAGUACAGUGGCAUGAAUAUGGCUUACUGCAGCCUUGACCUCCCUGGCUCAGGUGAUCCUCCUGCCUUACCCUCCCAAAUGCUUGGGACAACAGGUGCAUGUCACCAUGCCUGGCUAAUUUUUGUAUUUUUUGUAGAAAUGAGCUUUCACAAUGUUACCCAGGCUGGUCUUGAACUCCUGAGCUCAGGUGAUCCGCCCGCCUUAGCCUUGUUGUUUUCAUUUUGGGAUUAUACUCAUGAGCCACAGUGCCCAGCCCCCAAUUUUUUAAACAGUUUUUCAAUAUAUUUCUCUUCUUUACAGAGGCCUUGAGAAAUUAAGUACCUGGUAGGCACACAAUUUUCCUAGGAUGAAGUUAAUUCAAACUUACUUUGUCUGUAGUCCCUGCUACUUGGGAGGCUGAGGCAGGAGGCUUGCUUGAGCCUAGGAGUUAGAGGCCAGCCUGGGCAACAUGGGUUAAAAACUAAUAUUUAUAUGACAGAAGAAAAAGAUGUCAUUCCGUAAAGUAAACAUCAUCAUCUUGGUCCUGGCUGUUGCUCUCUUCUUACUGGUUUUGCACCAUAACUUCCUCGGCUUGAGCAGUUUGUUAAGGAGUGAGGUUACAGAUUCAGGAAUUGUGGGGCCUCAACCUAUAGACUUUGUCCCAAAUGCUCUCCGACAUGCAGUAGAUGGGAGACAAGAGGAGAUUCCUGUGGUCAUCGCUGCAUCUGAAGACAGGCUUGGGGGGGCCAUUGCAGCCAUAAACAGCAUUCAGCACAACACUCGCUCCAAUGUGAUUUUCUACAUUGUUACUCUCAACAAUACAGCAGACCAUCUCCGGUCCUGGCUCAACAGUGAUUCCCUGAAAAGCAUCAGAUACAAAAUUGUCAAUUUUGACCCUAAACUUUUGGAAGGGAAAGUAAAGGAGGAUCCUGACCAGGGGGAAUCCAUGAAACCUUUAACCUUUGCAAGGUUCUACUUGCCAAUUCUGGUUCCCAGCGCAAAGAAGGCCAUAUACAUGGAUGAUGAUGUAAUUGUGCAAGGUGAUAUUCUUGCCCUUUACAAUACACCACUGAAGCCAGGACAUGCAGCUGCAUUUUCAGAAGAUUGUGAUUCAGCCUCUACUAAAGUUGUCAUCCGUGGAGCAGGAAACCAGUACAAUUACAUUGGCUAUCUUGACUAUAAAAAGGAAAGAAUUCGUAAGCUUUCCAUGAAAGCCAGCACUUGCUCAUUUAAUCCUGGAGUUUUUGUUGCAAACCUGACGGAAUGGAAACGACAGAAUAUAACUAACCAACUGGAAAAAUGGAUGAAACUCAAUGUAGAAGAGGGAUUGUAUAGCAGAACCCUGGCUGGUAGCAUCACAACACCUCCUCUGCUUAUCGUAUUUUAUCAACAGCACUCUACCAUCGAUCCUAUGUGGAAUGUCCGCCACCUUGGUUCCAGUGCUGGAAAACGAUAUUCACCUCAGUUUGUAAAGGCUGCCAAGUUACUCCACUGGAAUGGACAUUUUAAGCCAUGGGGAAGGACUGCUUCAUAUACUGAUGUUUGGGAAAAAUGGUAUAUUCCAGACCCAACAGGCAAAUUCAACCUAAUCCGAAGAUAUACCGAGAUCUCAAACAUAAAGUGAAACAGAAUUUGAACUAUAAGCAUUUCUCAGGAAGUCCUGGAAGAUAGCAUGUGUGGGAAGUAACAGUUGCUAGGCUUCAAUGCCUAUCGGUAGCAAGCCAUGGAAAAAGAUGUGUCAGCUGGGUAAAGAUGACAAACUGCCCUGUCUGGCAGUCAGCUUCCCAGACAGACUAUAGACUGUAAAUAUGUCUCCAUCUGCCUUACCAAGUGUUUUCUUACUACAAUGCUGAAUGACUAACUGGAAAGAAGAACUGAUAUGGCUAGUUCAGCUAGCUGGUACAGAUAAUUCAAAACUGCUGUUGGUUUUAAUUUUGUAACCUGUGGCCUGAUCUGUAAAUAAAACUUACAUUUUUCAAUAGG